AUGGCGAUCGCGGUCCACUCGAUGUGGCAUCGCCUUAUCUCGUUCCUAUUCUUGGUUCAAUUCGCCCUGGCAUAUCAACAACUAUCAGAGGACACCCUAAGAAAACUCCCUCGACCAGGAAACGACUUUGACAUCCACAAUGGCAAACUUCUAGCCCCGAUCCUUCGGACGCGCGUACCAGGAACCCCCGGCUCGACCGCCGUCUUGAACCAUUUCAACGAUUUCUUCAAGACAAGCCUCCCAGACUGGACAAUCGAGUUCCAAAACUCAACCUCCAAAACGCCCGUGAGCGGAGGAAAGGAAGUCCCCUUUGUGAAUCUUAUAGCCUCGCGAGAUCCACCGUGGGCAUCGAAGGGGGAUGUGGGGAGAUUGACCCUUGUCGCGCACUACGAUAGUAAAUACAGCCCAACGGGGUUUAUCGGUGCGAUUGAUAGUGCGGCGCCGUGCGCAAUGAUUAUGCAUGCUGUGCGAAGUAUAGAUGCGGCGCUGACGCGGAAAUGGGAGGAUAUGGAAGCACAAGGCGAUGCGCUGGACGCUGGGCUUGAUGCAUAUACCGGGAUCCAAGUACUCUUCCUCGACGGAGAGGAGGCUUUUCAGGAAUGGUCAAACUCAGACUCCUUGUAUGGGGCGCGAUCACUUGCAGAGACUUGGGGAGAAACAUCCUAUUCACCCAUGUCGAUAUACAGGACGCCAUUGUCUUCCAUAUCGUUGUUUAUGCUUCUGGAUUUGUUAGGGUCGAAAGACCCGCUGAUUCAUUCCUACUUUUCCACUACGCAUUGGGCAUACCAAAGCCUUGGGGAGUUGGAGGGCCGACUCCGGACCUUGAAGCAGUUCAAGUCAUCGCCCAACUACGAUGUCAAGCCUGAACAUGCAGUUGAUGAGCCGCAAUGGUUCAUCGACGCCGAUAAAGGUGAGCAUCUCAUCAGUGUUCCGACGACCAUUCAGGAUGAUCACAUCCCGUUCUUGCGCCGAGGAGUCGAUAUUCUUCACAUUAUUGCUACGUCGAAAAAAGAUGGGAGAGAACAUUUUCCGGAUGUCUGGCACUCUAUACAUGAUGACGGCGAACAUCUCGACCUCCCGACUGUCGAGGACUGGAGUAUGCUCGUCACAGCAUUUGCGGCAGAAUGGAUGGAGUUGGAGGGGUACUUCGAUGAUGCGCAGGAUAUCCCCGAGAGGAUGUAUACUCGGAAAACUGAAUUGUAA